AAAAGCGUUCUGUUGAAAACCGAGGCGAGGACUGAAGCAGAGCAGAGAAAGAAACUCACCGGCACCAGGUUCGACGUCUGCCCAGCAGCCUGUCAGUAAAGUGACCGAGAGAGCCUACAAACCGGGAGCAGACUCCGCGUAUUCCAGCCGGUGUGUCGCAGACCAUAAGCGCAGAUGGACACCAGAAGCCCUGCUGAAGAGAAACCUGUCCAGCGAUCAAAGUCCUUCAGCUUUAAGACUCAGAAGGAAGUCUGCACAUCAUGUGAGAAGACGGUGUAUCCCAUGGAGAGAUUAGUUGCCAACAACCAGAUCUUCCAUUCAACAUGUUUCUGUUGCAAGCACUGCAACGCCAAACUCAGUCUUGUCUCCUUUGCAGCUCUUCAAGGUGAAUUUUACUGCAAACCCCACUUCCAGCAGCUGUUCAAAAGCAAAGGCAACUAUGACGAGGGCUUUGGACGCAAACAACACAAAGAGCAGUGGACCCCCAAGGAUCCAGACAACAUAACAAAGACGGCGUAAUCAUGACCCCCAUGUGUUUCAGCCUUGCCUCUUCCUUAUCCUCCUCCUAACUAACUCCUCCAAUGCUUCACAAUGAACACAUGCCUCAUGUGCUGGGGCUCUGUUAAGUCACCCACACACUCACUCGCUUUUUAAAUGCCAUCAGAACAGAUACAUGCACAAACAGCUAGGAAAAGACUGACUAGUCUGAAUCUAUUCCACUCAAAUUUUUAUUUUGGGGAAAUAUACUGGGGUUAGUUUUAUUAAUAUAUACAUGGACUCCUAAUUUUAAAAAUGUUUUCCCCAAUUUCUCCUGUUUGGAAUUGGUUGUUGAUUGUGACCAAAAAGUGUUUUGUUUUUUUUCUGGUAUGGGGAAUGUGAUAACAAUAAUAUUUGUUUUGGUUUUAUAAUUUGCACACUUUCUUUUUUGGAUUAUGUAAACUGUACAGUAUGCUCAGGCAAACAUAAGGGUACGCCUCCAUGUUUUGCAGUUAGAGCAUACACUCAGGUCAAUUUUCACCCAACAAUUUUUAGAAAAUAUCACAUUUCCUCAUUUAUCCAGACAUAAAUCAAAAAUAAUAGUCCUCAAUAUUGUGACUUUGCUGUCUGACACAGUUUUGCCAGUUUGUCAGGUUUCAUAUAUUUGAGGGACAAACAGGGUACAGAGUACUGUAACAUAACCGUGCACAUCAGCAACAACUCACCUCUCGUGUUUCAUUUAGGUUUUAUUGUACACAUUGUUCCAUGGUUUGUUCUUAUCUUAAUGAAUAGGUUAAGUCUUACUGUUGCAUGUUGGUAUGACUGAGUCUAAAUAGCCUUAUCUUAUGACUGUAUUGAUCUUUGUGUUGUGAAUGGUUCUGUGUGUCUCAUAUGACCAUUGCAAUUCACUUUUUUACAGUUUUUAAAAGCACUCGAGGUUGGAUUUGAUCAAUGUCGUGGCAUAAGUUGAUCCUCUCUGAGCUUUUAUGGCUGAAAUCUUAAUGGAAUUCUCAAACUGUGUUUUGUAUACUAUCUGUACAUAGAGCUGUAGUUUGUGAGUAGUGAACAUUCCCCCAUCAGACUGUGCUCUCAUCUCGUACAUAACGAUCACAUGUGAUCAUCAGCAACUUGGCUGGUAACAGGCCUUGUCCUUAUAAAACCCUUCACUCCAGUGUAUGAAACGUUCUUACAAGGAGCUGUACACAUUCUGGUUACAGUUAAAUGCCACAAAUGUGGAUGUUGUUGGACUGAGCUUUAAGCCUUGCUAGAGACUUCAGUUUUGGUCCUGCAUCAUGUCACACUUAUCAGUUCUUGGGAUCCUUUGUCCCCUUUAUUGUAUUUGAAUAUGUUCUAAUUAUCUAUGGGGACAUAUAUCUACAAUUUCUAAGCAUUCAUUACCUGUUCCCCCCAGACUCGCACCCAGUAAGCGUGAGCAAGUGUCCUCUUUAAAUAAAUGCCUUCCUGUUUUUAUCUCAUGUCUCAUUAGCUAAAUAAAUCUUAGCACCUGGACCUAUUUUACUUAUUAUUGAAUUUACAGUAAGUGGCUGAUGGGAGGGUUUGUCUCAAAAUGUGCCCCCUUCAAAACCUUGUGCAGAGCACCCCCUGCUGGGGAAAGUGUGACAGGACAAUAACUGCCCAAGAACUUCUAAUUAAAGCCUUUGAUGUUUUUGAAUAAUUUGCCUCAGCUGGAGCUGCAGCUGGAGCCCAGCCACUUUUGAUCAAAUUUAUUGCAACAUCUUAGAGAAAUAAAUCCAGUCAGACAACAUUUCCACAACUUUAUCUCAUUCUUUACAAAAGAGUGAGUGUAAAGCCAUUCACAAAUCCCCUUUUAGAAAAAUGUCUGAAAACCACUGACACUUGACUGACACUUGAAUGACUCAAAAGUCCUAUUUUGUGACUGAAGGUUUACUGUGAAUUUAGGUGCGCUGUGCAGAGAAGAAAGCUGAACUUAACAGAUGGAUAUUUGGUACUUUUUUAAUGAGAAGCCUUAGAAAUAAAUAGCUGAUUCCAUUGCUUUUUUUUUUCAAACAAACAUUUUGAGUGCACAGAUUUCUACAAAGAAAUCUUUAGAUCAUGUGUUUUCAUCAUGAGUUCCAUCUUUAACAUUGAAUUACUUCACUCUACCAGCAGCCAUUUCCCCCUAUUUAACCAGUUUUUAUCCCCUGUAAUGUACAAUUAUUGCGAUUCUGUGUUUGACAAUGUAUAUCUCUUUUUUUUUUUCUUCUUUUAUUUUAAAACAGUCCUGGAUCCCUGAGAAUGCUUAUCAAUGAGUAUUUUAUCUAGAAAUGCUGUCUUCUGUCAUUCUCCAUUAGCAGUUCGCCAAGGUACAGCUGCAAAAAUCUGUGAAUUGCAACUUCUAUGUGUAACAGAGCAGACAAGGUACAUUUUACACUGGUGCCAAGAGGCUCAGGUGAAUGAUUGCAGUGUAACAUUUUAAAUGUUAAGUCUGAGUCAUUUCAUUUUUGUGCUAAACUUGAUGUGGACUUAACUUUUUUAAUGCUGUUACUGUUGACACAUUUUAAAUGUAUGCAUCUUUGAAAAUGUAUUCUGUAUUACAGACUUGACCUGUGGAUUGAGGUGGCCUUACAGCAAAAUGACGCUUGGACUGUGUUUACAGUCGUUUUUUCCUUUAUUCUCCCUUGCUCAUUUGUGAUGUGUGGAACAUUUUUUAAAAAAAAAAUGUAAGCGCCCUCUUUCUGCACCAAU